GUAACCUACCGACACAGUACAACUUACCUACUUAGAUAGGUAAUUAUUGAAUUUGCAUCCUCAUCCGCAUCGUCAUCGUCAUCGUCCUCCUUACCCGCGCUCACAACUACAUCGACACUACCACACCUCCAUUACUUUGCAACGGAAAAUUUGUAUGGAAACUUCGGACAUCCACCUAUUCCUCUUCCUAUGAUUCGUCCUCGAGCGCCGUUACACAAUGAUCAAGCGUUUGGCGCGGGUCAAACCCAAUCCAUGGAUAUGUUCCCAAUGUCUCAAGAGUCGAAAUCGAACCCAGCGACGAUGGAACAGUUCUAUUGCCGCGACUGCAACGACCACCCCAUCCCCGAAUUCACACAGCCCUGACUUGUCGGCCUCGCUCUAUGGCCUCGGAACGUCUCAGCCGAAACGAGACGAUGAAGACCUGCGCAACCUCUUCGACAAUUCAGGCUUCUGGAAGGAAUUCCGGCGAGGUUCACACAAGAACCCUCCGACCGGAAUCGUUGGAAACAGAUACCUGACUGAUCCCAGUGGCUUCCUCGACUUCGUCACCAUCACCUUGCAAAGAUGUGAGGCAGUAGUCAGGAAGGUCAGCGCCGCCAAUACGGUGGAGGAAUAUAAGAGUAUGGUGAAGGAUCUGGAUAGACUGAGCGACCUACUUUGUAGAGUCAUAGAUCUGGCCGACUUUGUGCGAGGCACACAUCCUGAUCGACAAAUACAAGCCGCUGCUUCCAAAGCAUAUGCUACCAUGUUUCAAUACAUGAAUCAACUUAACACGACCACAAUUCUUAACGACCAACUCAAGCGCGCAAGCGCAAUACCAGAAGUAUGGGACUCAUGGUCUGACCAGGAGCGCGUCGUGGCCAGGAUCCUCAUGGAGGACUUCUCAAGAUCGGCUAUUGAGCUAGCAGAGGGCGACAGACAGAAGUUCGUUGAUUUAAGUAAUCGAAUUGCGCAUGACGGUUCCGAAUUUGUAGAUCGCAUGGCCCCCGAAAAACAUAUUCUAUCGUUCAGCAGCAAAAGGAUGCGAGGCUUGGACCCAAACAUGGUUCGCGCCUUAACUUCCUGGGGUGAGACGAAGAUUCACACACUAAACCAUGAAGCGCAAUUGGCAUUGAGAUACGUGGAGGACGCUGAUGUUCGGAGAGACAUCUACAUGGCUGUAAGAACGGCGAACAAGCCCAGCAUUCAGCGGUUGGAGAAGAUGUUGAAAAACCGAGCGCAGCUCGCAACGCUAUCUGGUUAUAAAACAUUCGCGCACAUGACUCUUGAGAAUAAGAUGGCAAAGUCUCCCGAGGCUGUGAAUCAGUUCCUUUCUGCACUCAUCGAAGACAAUAAGCCAAAGGUCUACAACGAACUCCAGGAGCUGAUCGAGUUGAAAAAUGGAGACGCGAAGACAGAAAAUUUCCCAUCCCAAAUCAAUGCGUGGGAUAAAUUUUACUAUACGCACCGCCUGAUCUCUGCCAUGGACAACAAGAUCCGGCAACCUGAUUAUCUUUCAGCCUACUUCUCCGUUGGCACCGUUAUGCAAGGUCUUUCCCGCCUGUUCGAUCGUCUCUAUGGCAUACGGUUGGUGCCUCGUGAGACGCAACCGGGCGAAGUAUGGGAUGAUGAUGUCCGUCGACUAGACGUGGUUUCUGAUACUGAUGGCCACAUUGCCGUAUUGUAUUGUGAUCUUUUCGCUCGUGAAGGCAAGACGCCUAAUCCUGCACAUUUCACAUUGCGAUGCUCGCGCGAGAUUAGCCCCUCAGAGAUCGAGUUUGCCGCCCAUACAGCCCAUCCUUUUUCCUCGCCUGUCGAAGCUGCUACAGAUGGCAUGCCCGUGGCGUACAACAAAGAGACAAACACCUACUUCCAGUUACCCACAAUCGCCCUCAUAUGCGACUUCUCUAACAACUAUCAUCCCCGCCCUACGCUUUUAAAUUUUAACGAUGUCCGGACUCUCUUCCACGAGAUGGGCCAUGGCUUGCAUUCUUUCCUGGGUAGGACUCCGCUACAAAAUGUGGCAGGCACUCGGUGUGCUACUGAUUUUGCAGAACUUCCCUCCGUUCUGAUGGAGCACUUUGCUUCAUGCCCUUCUGUUCUAUCAUUGUAUGCUCGGCACUGGGAGACUGACGCGCCUCUUCCUAUGUCUGCGUUGGAGCAACGUCUUGCAAUCGAUACGCGCACCCAGUCGGCCGAGACGGAGGCCCAGAUCCUGCUUGCUAUCCUUGAUCAGGCGUACCAUUCCUCAUUGCCGCUUUCACCAUCCUUUGAUUCCACGGAGAUCUACCAUCGCGUCUACAACGAGCAUGCUUCCAUCCCUGAACCCCAAGGGACUGCGUGGCAAGGGUUCUUUGGGCAUUUGUUUGGCUACGGGGCUACCUACUACUCUUACCUAUUUGACCGUGCGAUUGCAGGGAAAAUCUGGACUGACGUCUUCCAGCACAGUGGCAAGGAAGGUAGUGUGAGUAGAAUCAAUGGAGAGAGGUACAAGAAUGAAGUGCUUCGAUGGGGGGGUGGCAGGGACGGUUGGGAGUGCAUCGCAGGCGUGCUUGGAGAUGAGAGGCUGAGGGAUGGUGGAGAGAUGGCAAUGAAAGAGGUGGGAAGAUGGGGUGUUAGAGGAUAGUUGAUCACGACGUAUAUAAACGGGUGCCGCAUCCAGAGAAAUGCCAAUUGAAUACUCCGUACACGUUGUCGAUAGAGAAGAGAGA